AUAUUGGCAACGCUGUGUUUGUUUGUCAGAAUCAAAAUAAAAUGACUCACUUGUUUGUUUAAACAAAAAAAGAAUUUUAAUAACAAUUCCAGACAAUUAUCAUAACAGUUAGUGCCAUGGGCUUAUUCGGCAGAACUCCCAGUAAAGAUCCCAAAGAGCAGGUGCAGGAGUGGACGCAUAAGAUACGGAAAGAGGGCAACCAGCUGGAUCGCCAGAUCCGAAGUAUCCAGCGCGAGGAAGAGAAAGUAAAACGCUCGCUGAAACAGGCAGCACAGAAAAAUGACCGCGACACCUGCGUCAUUCUUGCCAAGGAGAUUGUGAAUGCGCGAAAGGCCAUCAACCGCAUAUAUACGUCGAAGGCGCACCUCAACUCCAUUCAGAUGCAGAUGAAAAAUCAGCUAUCCACCUUGCGUGUAGCUGGAUCUCUGCAAAAGUCUACAGAGGUCUUGCAAGCUAUGCAGAGCCUGGUGCGCUAUCCAGAGCUUGCAGGCAUCAUGCGCGACAUGUCAAAGGAAAUGAUGAAGGCCGGCAUUAUUGAGGAGAUGCUAGACGAGACCAUGGACUCGCUGGAGGAGUCCGAGGAGCUGGAGGAGGAGGCAAGCAAGGAGGUGGACAAGGUUUUGUGGGAGAUCACAGAUGGCAAGCUCGGGGAAGCUCCCCUGCCUCCAGAGGCUACACCGGCGGACAAGGCGUCUGCGUCUGCUGCGCGCGUCGAGGCUGAGCAGGACGAUGAGGAGGGUGAGGAACUGCAAGAGAUGCAAAGCCGCCUGGCCUCGCUGCGAUCUUAAAACAACUGCUAUGGGUAUUUUAUUUAGAUUUGAAAUUAAAGGCAAGUGAUUUUGACUGGCAGACCUUAUCAAAAUCAUAAACGGCAACCCCCACGCCGUCAUUUGAUUGUAGAAACCAAAAUAAUCUCCAGAAACUUGAAUUGAGUUUUUAUAUUAUAAGUGUACAGUACACCAGAUCAAGAAGUGUUGAACUCUGCGCGUUUUACCGUUGAAUCUACACGAGAUAACUUAAUUUAUUGUAAAAUCUACCUUUCAUUAAAAAUCGAUAUUUACUGUGGCAUGUCCCAUUUUACAAUGGUAAUCUGCACGAUUUACGAUCAAUCCCUAAGAAUGUUAAUUUUCGUCAUUUAAGAUUAAGCCCUAACGUUGUUUUCUAUCCAGUUCAGAUACGCUUCAACCCUUGUGUACACGCCGGGCCAUCCUUUUAGGCCACAGGGCGUGGGUCCGUAGGAGACCACACCAGCAAUGUAGUAGUUUGAGUUUCCAUUGGAGUAGUCCUCGAGCAGAAGGGGGCCACCCGAGUCCCCGCGACAGGAAUCAACCCCCUCAACUCCGCCGGCGCACAUCUGUUUGGUGGUGACAGUCCUUCUUUGGGUGGCGUAUCUUUGGUUGCAUUCGGACGUCGGUACCGUAUCCAACUCAGCCUUCAGCUUGAUAUUGGACGUAAAAUUUGUCUCCGUGCGACCCCACCCUGCCACCACCACCUUUCGGCCAAGGAAUAUAUUGUUGUGCUGGGACGCUAAAGUGGGCAGACAUACUGGUAAUAUGAAGUCGCUGUACUGAACCUCGUCCCGCAAUCGCAGCAACGCAAUGUCAUUUAGCUGGUCCCGUGAGUUUCCCGGGUACUGCGGGUGCGGAAUACGCUCCUCAACAGGGUAGUCUACGUACGGUUCGUUGCAGUCCCGUCGUCCGUUUUUACCGACUGUGCAAUCCGGAUUGGUGCUCGCAUCCCACUCACCCAGGCGUACUCCCGUCAGCUCCCAAUCACUGGGAAUAGCCGAGACGCAGUGUGCCGCCGUCAGAACGUAACGAUGGUUGAUUAGAGAUCCGCCGCAGUGGUGACCUUUCACGUUACCGGCUGGUAAAAUGGGGGGGGGGGGGGAUUAGUCCCUGCAGCAGGGAAUAUUUUGGUUACUCACGCUUCGUGUACUCUAUUAGGGCCAUCCAAGGAAACUCCCUCUUUGUCGUCUCGUUACCACCCACCACUCGGUCUCCAAAGUUUUCACCGCAAUUGGGCGCCAUUGGUAACAGUUUGGUCCCAGAGCGUUUUGUAGGCUUAGUGGUCUGAGUAGGUUGAGGAUGAUUUCCCCACUGAGGUUGCUGGUUUCGCAUUCGGCUGUUUGCACAGCAAAUCUGAACAUUGGUAAAACAAAAAUGUUUUUCCUAAAUUGAUAAAAGUUGAUAAUAAGAAUGCAUGGUGGCGUCGCAUCGAAAAGCGAUUCGAUGCGAUAGCCAUAAGUAAAAGAAUUAAUUUAUAUAUAUGUUCAAUGGAUGAAAAUGAUCUUAAUCGAUUUUAGCACCACAACUUUUUAAGGGGGUACUAACAAGCACUUGUCCAUUCCGGUAGCCACAUUGGCUGGCUUGCAGAAAUCGACGGUCCUGUUCCGUAACCUCUUCGCUUUGAAGCAGUUCGAAUAGGUAUCCACAUUCCCGGAGGUUUAUGCAGGUGCCGCUGUUCUCAUCAGGCGUUCUACAAUACCCAAAGAUUUCUGAAAAAAAAAAACGUAAAUCGUAAAGCCCGGUUCAAAGAUAGUCGUGAUUAACAGCGGGAACGGGAUUUCUGCGUUCUGGGACCAGCCCACUGUGACUAUCAUCGACUCAGCCCGACUCGGGGUGAAGUUCACCGCUGAUAGGAGGUUGCUUUGUGUUUUGAUGCCAGCAACCCCCGACUACGACUGAGAGCCAAAACCACUUGCCUUGUGCGUAAGUGCUGCUUGUUCCCAUCAAUAGCAUCCACAGUACGGUGAAAAAAAAGUGCGGUUCCAUGGUUAUAUCUUCGACUGUACUAUAGCACUGUACUUGGAAGAACGAUACGCUGACAGAGCGCCUGCCGAGAACACACUGAAUGUGGCUAUAAACUGGAAUGCGAUCGAGCUCUAAGUUACAGCUUAUCAGCGGUUCUCUCACAGAGAAUGGUUCAACCUGAGGAAGCACACCAGCAUUAAGAGAGUGCAAGUCUGGGUUUAUCUCAGGGUCUGGUUUUGGGCACACCCAUACUGGCGAAAAAGCCCGCUCUCAAUGUUGGGUCCGCUCUUUAUGCGUUGCUCAUCAGGGAACUUCCCACGCCAACAGAAUGCAGAUGAUACUUACCCUCUUCUCCUAGGGCUGAAAUAUCUUGGGUCGGACGAUAUCUGUAAGUCCAUACGGGCCAAUCCAUUAAAAAAUCUGGCAAACCCACUUUAUUAACAGAGAGUGAAUUUUCACAUUCAAACAUUUGCAAACCCUCUGUAAAAACAAUUUCUGUAAAACAUAAUAAUCGAAUAUUUUGAAAAAUAUCAAAAUUAAACAUUACCAAUCUUUUUUUGUAGCCAGAUACAU